GGGGGCGGGCCCAGGGCGCUUAGAGUCCUGUGAGUUGGGAAGGGAUAGUGUCCCUCACCCCGACCUGCACCUUCUUCCCGCUCUCUCCUCCGGUGCUAGCGCGCCAGGAUCCUUUCCGGAAGUGGAACCAAGGGACGCCCGGAGUUGGGGGACUCUGCGAGCGCCCACGUGACACACAACCCUCAAGGCGUCCUAGGUUUGCAGGGAACAUGGGCAUGCUCAGGGCAGGGCUGUGCCCCGGCCUCUCCGAGGAGAUCGUCCGGCUUCUGAGGGACCGAAAAAUCAAGACAGUGGCGGACCUGGCGGCUGCUGACCUAGAGGAAGUAGCCCAGAAGUGUGGCUUGUCUUACAAGGCCCUGGUUGCCUUGAGGAGGGUGUUGCUGGCGCAGUUCUCCGCUUUCCCCUUAAACGGCGCAGAUCUCUAUGAGGAGCUGAAGACUUCCACUGCCAUCCUGUCCACAGGCAUUGGAAGCCUUGACAAUCUACUUGAUGCUGGCCUCUAUACUGGGGAGGUGACUGAAUUUGUAGGUGGCCCUGGCAGCGGCAAAACCCAGGUGUGUCUCUGUGUGGCUGCAAAUGUAGCCCACAGCCUGCAGCAGAAUGUUCUGUACAUUGAUACCAAUGGAGGAAUGACAGCGUCCCGCCUCUUCCAGCUGCUACGGGCUAGAACCCAAGAGGAAGAGAAACAGGUAGGAGCUCUCCAGAGGAUACAGGUGGUGCAUGCAUUUGACGUCUUCCAGUUGCUGGAUUUGCUACAGGACCUUCGGGGCACCAUGGCUCAGCAGGCUGCAGCUUCCUCAGGCACUGUGAAGGUUGUGAUUGUGGAUUCCGUCACCGCAGUGGUGGCCCCACUUCUGGGAGGUGAGCAGAGGGAAGGCCUGGCUUUGAUGAUGCAGCUGGCCCGAGAGCUCAAGAUCCUGGCCCGGGACAUGGGUGUGGCAGUGGCGGUGACCAAUCACUUGACCAGAGACAGAGAUGGUAAAGGGUUCAGACCUGCUCUGGGACGCUCCUGGAGCUUCGUGCCCAGUACCCGGAUUCUCCUGGAUGUCACUGAAGGGGCUGGAACAUCAGGGAGUAGCCAGCGCACAGUGUGUCUGACCAAGUCUCCCCGACAGCCAACAGGUCUGCAGGAGGUGAUAGACAUUGGGACACUGGGGACUGAGGAGCAGAGCCCGGAAUUGCCUGGCAAACAGACAGGAUGCUGUUGACCAGGAAAGAGACCGCCUCAAGGCCCUUACAGCUUUCCUUCCCAGUUAGCUGUGGUUCGCUGCCACACGGGACCUGACAGUGCAGACAGCUCAGAGUCAUCAGAAGACAAGCCUCAGUUUCCUCAGCUUUACUGUGUGGAUCUCAUGGAGCCACUGCCAGAGUAUGCUGUAGUGGGAGGGACCUAGAAGUCUAUCCGGGUCUCAAGUUUUCUUCCUUUCUGUCCACCAUACGUUUCCAGUGGGGGCUGAGGUCAACCUCGCUUGGGGCAUCUCUGAAGAAACGCAGUGGGGCUCCCCCAGAAGGAGCAUCCUUCCCUGCUUGCUGCCUGGGUCUCAACACCUGCCUACCUGAUAGGGAAGAACAUGGGUCCGUGUUGUCCCAGGGAUAUAAUUUACCGGGGAGGAAGGAUAUGACCUGCUCCCAGUGAACCAGACACUUGUUUCAUAUGCAUGGUGCCCUGUGGGGCCCUUCCUCAGUAUAGAGUAACCGGAGGUGCUGAACCGUGGCCUAACCCAUAAACAGACAGACAGGAAUUUGCACAGUAAAUAGAGCCAGCUGGGAAAAUUGAUGCCAGCGUAAAUAAUACAUGGCAAAUCUAGUCUUUUAUACAGAAAUUCAUUGCUGGUGGCUCUAAGAUGCAGUAUAAUUACACCUCUCGUCCUGCCAGCUGUGCCACAGCCUCGUGUCUUAGUCCUUUCUUAGGGCAGCUUUGCAGGGAACCACUAUCAGUUAGGGGGCGCAGGCUGGGUGAUUUUUUUUCUUUUUUGCAGCCAAAUGAUUCAAACCCAGGACCUUACAUGUUCCAAGCAAUGUCUCCACCGCUGAGAGAAACCCCCAUUUCCCAUCUCAUCACUUUGUUAAAGAAAGAACCAAAGGCUUUGAGUAGAAACAUGACAAUUCCAAUGGCGGAACUAAAGGCCUCCUGUGUCUGCUCUUCUCUUGUUCUUUUCACAUUGUGGAAGCUUGUGAAUGAGUGGGCUUUAAUGCAUUUUCAGAGAUAUCAAAGGGUGGCCUAGGAGUGUACAUCAGUGGCAGAAUGGCCCUAGAUUUGAUCCAGAGUCCUAGAAAAAAGUAAAAGCAAUAUAUAGGAUUGUUUCCCUCUUGAUCUAGAUAUUCGCUAGGUCCCCAGUCUUUUCUCUUUUUUUCACCUUGAUACAAGGAGGUCAUUGUAUGUCUACUUGAAGUUAGAAAAAAAAAUACCUACUGUGUGCCAGCACUUGGUGGUCUCAAGUCAGAAAGCUGAUCUAAGACAGGCAAAAAGAAAAAAAAAAAAUCCAUGUAUUAUUGAGGCUGCUCUCCAUAGCAAGUAACAAAAUCCCGGUGAGGCAUCAAUGAUAAAGAAGGUCACUCAUCCCUGAUAAUGUGAUGCCAAGGUUGGUUGAUGCAAUGGCCCAAUGUGGAGAAGCAGAGGGCCCUUCCUUCUCUGUCCCCGCUUCUCUGUGCUGCUUUUGUCUUCAAACUUGUUGCCCUCAUUAAAACCUGGCUAUAGCCACUCUGAAGAGUAAUCCAAACAUGGGUCAUCUACGGGUAGAAAAGGGGUCAUCUCCUGUGUCCUUUGAAGAACAAGGAGAACUCAGAGCUUCCCAAUGUCUCUAUCUCACUGGUGCAGAAUUGCCUCGUGCGCUGUGUUUAAUUCAGUAGUGCAAAAGGAAAUGGUGCCUCAGUGUUAGGCUUAGGCGAACCAAGAAACAGCCAUAGAGUUGGGGCUCAGGCUUAGCUUGUUUGAGGCACCUGCUGUGGUCCUAUUAGAGACGAAGUGUAUGGAGGAAUUAGACAGUGGGUGGGCUUGUGUGUGCGCUCAGUACCUCAGCACCGCACUCACUGUGUAGGACAAGCUGAGUGGUGCUGGGGAUCAUUUCAUCUGACAGACUAAAUGGAGCUCAUUGAGAUUUUAGGACAUCUGUCUAUUAAAUGACAGCAUGGGAUUCCAGACUUUCUUUUUUUUUAACCUCUCGUUGCCUUCAGCUGUAAAUAUGUAAAUAUUUUAACAAAAUUCUUUUUUGUAUUUUGCCCCAGCAGCGGAGGCUGCACAUCCCAACCCCUUUCAGCUGAGCUCACCAUAAAAAGCUAGAUCAAAGAUCCACUUCAUCCGCUCUUUCUGAUCUCCCCCAGGGAAGACAGAAUGACAAACACUCCAGAGACUGCAGAUACCGUGUGUGUGAAAGAAAGCUGAAGGGUUAGAAGGGAACGAAGCUGAAUGAAAACCAGCAGGCUCCAUGCAUGCCUGAGACGUGAGCAGGAGGAGAUAAGGGCUUUAGAUGCAUGCGGAGCCUGCUAGGCUUUCACUUUAUCCUGGCAUGGAGGUGCCUGGGUAGAGUUUCAGCUGUCCAGUUCUCUGUGUUGGUGAUGUGUACAGCUGAAAUUAGAAUGAGGCACAAUAUUCCCUAUAAAUGUGCUAGAUAUAUGUGUGUACACAUCAUACAUCACAUUGUGGUUUGAAUAAGAAUGGCCCCCAUAGGCUCAUAUGUUUGAAGGCUUGAUCGUUAGGGAGUGGCACUGCUUGAGAGAGAUCAGAAGGUGUGGCAUUGUUGGAAGAAGUGUGUCACUGGGGGUGGGCUUUUGAAAGUUCAAAGCCAGGCGAAGCUUUUCUCUCUUCUCACUGCCUGUGUGCCACCAUCCUCCCUGCCAGGAUGAUGAUGGACUAAACCUCUGAAACUGCAAGCCAGCCCCAAUUAAAUGUUUUCCUUUAUAAGAGUUGCCUUGGUCGUGGUAUCUCUUCCCAGCAAUAGAACAGCAGCCAAGACAUACAUACAUCCAUAUAUACAUACACACACUCAGAUACACACAUAAUUUUUUUUAGUUUUUUUGUUUUGUUUUGUUGAGGAAGGGUGUCUGACCCAGUGAGACCUUGAACUGCCAAUUCUUCUGUUUUAGCCUCCAGAGUACUGGGGUUAGAGGCCUGUGCCAACUCAACUGGCUUUUUGUUUGCUUGUUUUAUUCAUUUUAUUUUUUAAAAAAGAUUUCUUUCUGAGCCGGGCAUGGUGGUGCACGCCUGUAAUCCCAGCCUGUAAUCUGGGAGGCAGAGGCAGGCAGAUUUCUGUGAGUUCAAGGCUAACCUGGUCUACAAAAUGAGUCCAGGACAUCCAAGGCUACACAGAGAAACCCUGUAUUGGGGGGUGUGGGGGGAAGGACUUAUUUUGUGUAUAUGGAUGUUUUGUCGGCAUGUGAAUAGUGCACCAUAUGUGUGCCUGUGCCUAUGGAGGUCAGAAGCAGGUGCUGAGCCCUCUGGAACUGGAGUUAAGGAUAGUUGUGAACCACCGUGUAGGUGCUGAAAACUAAACUCAGCUGUGCUGCAAGAUCAACAAGCGCUCUUAAUUGCCGAGCCAUCUCUCCAGUGUCUUGUUUUCUUUUUUUUUUAAUUAAAUAUUUUAUUUAUUUAUUAUGUAUACAAUGUUCUGUCUGCAUGUACACUUGCAUGCCAGAAGAGGGCACCAGAUCUCACUAUAGAUGAUUGUAAGCCACCAUGUGGUUGCUGGGAAUUGAACUCAGGACCUCUGGAAGAGCAGCCAGUGCACUUAACCUCUGAGCCAUCUCUCCAGCCCCCAGUGUCUUGUUUUCAAUGAGAGUAAGGUAUAUUAUCAGUCAGGUGUUGUUCGGUUGCUGAGAACUGUCUAGCAUGUCUAAGGUCCUGGGUUUGAUUGCCAAUAUACCAGCUCUGCACACGCAAACACAUUUGCCAUUAAUGCUUCUCUUUCUGGAAAGGAGUAGGAUUUUUAGCCUCUCAUUGCACUGAUCUUACCUCUUUUCUUGCUAUUUGACACUAGAGGAAGAACUUGGCUCCUUUAAGCCUUAGUUUCAGCCACUGUGUAGUGAGAACAAUAAUGCCCGCUCCAUACUUUUAGGGUUAUUUAGCUUACUACACUUCCCAAAGCCUUAUGGGAAGUACCCAGUGCCUUUUCAGGAAUAUAGUAGGAGCCCAGUCUUACAUCAGAUGGAGGUCUGUGAUGCCAAGCUGAUACUCGUAGGGAUCUUCUGUCCAGACAGGACCAGCUUCAAUGUGACUAGUGCAGUCACACCAUUAAAAGAGUGGAAUCUUGGGAGUUUUGACCAAGGAUCCCACAUAGUGCUUAAUAUUUAUGUAGUCAGUCUUGAAAUGGGUACUCAUCUUGCUUUGGAGACACAGCUUGACUUUUUAAAAAAAAUUUUAAAAGAUUUAUUUACUUAUUAUAUAUGAGUGUUAUACCUGCAUGUAUGCCUGCAUGCCAGAAGAGGACAUCAGAUCACAUUAUAGAUGAUUGUGAGCCACUUUAUGGUUGCUGGGAAUUGAACUCAGGACCUCUGGAAGAGCAGACAGUGCUCUUAACCUCUGAGCCAUCUCUCCAGCCUCACUCUACUCCCCCCUCUUUUUAUUUUAAUAAGGUUUUUCUGUGUAGCCCUGGCUUUCCUGGAACUCUGUCUUUGGACUAAGCUGAUCUCAAAUCCACAGAGAUCUGCUUUCCUCUGCUUCCUGAGUGCUGGAAUUAAAGAUGUGAGACCCCACAGGUUGACAACAACUUGACUCUUCAGGAAUAACCUUUGUUUUUACAGAGUUUGUGUAUAUAUAUAAUUAUAUAUAAUAAUUUUUUGGUUUUGUUUGUUUGUUUUUUAGAGACAGGGUUUUCCUGUGUAGCCCUGGCUGUUCUGGAACUCUCUCUGUACACCAGGCUGGCCUCCAAUUCAGAGAUUCACCUGCUUCUGCCUCUUCAGUACUGGAAUUAAAGGUAUACACCAACAUGCUUGGCUGAUUUUAUGGAGUAUCAUAUCCUGAGAUGUUGGAGUGGCCCAUGGCUGGUGAUUUAGGACUUUGGAAUCAAGGAAAGAGCUAGGUUCAAUGUCCUGUUGCACUCUUCCUGGCAGAGUCCCUUGGACAAGAUAAUGUGUUUGUUUUACUGGUAGAAAUCUAUGUUGUACAGAGUUAUGUUUUUUUUUUUUAAUUGGUAAAAUGUGUAUCUCAGGGGAAUUAAAUAGAUGAUUUAUGGAAAGUGCCUUUCAGAGAGAGCCUGGCACACAGUAGGUGCUCAGUCACUAUUAGUUCUUCUGGUGCCUGCCAGAAGUAACAGAAACCAGGGCAGUAGGACUUAGAAACCUUGCUGCUACUAAUAAAAGAAAUAAUGUGAUUUAUUUUUUCAGUACUGUUUGGGGAAAGGCAUGUGCUUCAUAAAUAUGUAUUGGAAAGUACUUAGCAAAUGAGUAGAAAUAAUAAAAAUAUGUCAAAGUAAACAGCUCCUAUAAAUA